AUGGGGCCUGCAUCAGCCAAACACUCUGUGCAAGCUCAUACUGGACUCACAGGCCACUUCCCCAUUCCGCCACUAAGUGCAGUUGGCAUCCUGAGCUCCUCCUCUAGCACUUCCAACAGGUCGAGGAACCGGACCCGCUACCGGACCAAGGCCAUGAACUCUGAGGUUGAUGAGAGCCUCUUUGGUGGUGGCAAGUCCUCCCAGCAUGUCCGCUGUGAGAGCCCCAUUGUGCUUCUAAGGGACAAGCAAAGUAUCCAGAAGAACUUGGGCUGGAUCCACAAGCCGGAGACUAUCCGGCUUAUCACUCGAGAUAUGGUCCGGGAUCUUGUAGUCCCCACGGAAGACCCUUCAGGAGAGUCUCUUAUCAUCAGCCCUGAGGAGUUUGAACGGAUCAAGUUUGCUUCCCGAAUCCUUACCAAGGAAGAACGAGAUGCCAUUGAAGAGACUCACAAGAAGGAAAAAGCUGAUGUCUUGAAUGCAGUGACCCUUCGAAAGCAGAUGAUGAAACAGAAGGAGAUGGUACGGCAGAAAAAUAGGAAGCUCAAUGACCUGGAGGAGGAGGCCAAAGAAAGGGCACAGAAUCUACUGGAGAAAGCCAAUGCAAUGAGGAUGGAACAAGAGGUUGAAGUCAAAGAUAUGAGCCAGAUAAUCCGAAAUGCCAGGUGUCAUGCUAUCCGUGAUGCUCAGAUCCUGGAGAAGCAAUUAAUUCAAAAGGAGAUGGACACAGAGGAGAAGCGACUGGACCAAAUGAUGGAAUUGGAACGGCAGAAAUCCAUACAGAGGGAGGAAGACCUAGUUAGGAGGCGGAAAGAGGAAAGAAUACGAGGGAGACGGCAUAUUAUCCAGCAGAUUGAAAAGAACCAGGAGGAACGGUCACUGCAGGCAGAGGUCCGGGAGCAGGAGAUCCAGCAGAUGUUACAGUAUAUGGAGAGGCUCCAGGAGGAAGACAUAAAGGAUAUGGAACGAAGGCACCAGGAUAAGCUAAAGAUGCAGGCCGAGAUCAAGCGCAUCAAUGAUGAAAACCAGAGGCGAAAGGAGGAAUUACUGGCUCAGGAGAGGCUUGCGGACCAGAUGGUGAUGGAGUUUACCAAGAAAAAAAUGGCCCGAGAAGCAGAGUUUGAGGCUGAGCAAGAAAGAAUCCGAAGGGAAAAAGAAAAAGAAACAGCUCGGCUGAGGGCCAUGCAGGAGAAAGCCCAGGACUACCAGGCAGAGCAGGAUGCCCUGCGGGCCAAGCGUAAUCAGGAAGUGGCAGAACGAGAAUGGCGCCGGAAGGAGAAGGAGAAUGCCCUGAAGAAAGCAGAAACUGAGGCAAUGCUGAGACAGAGCCGGCUGGACCAGGUGGCCUUCAAGGAGCACACGCUGGCUGUGCAGGUGCAGCGGGAUAGAGAUGAGUUUGAGAGGAUCCUCAGGGCCCAGAGAGAGCAGAUCGAGAAGGAACGUGUGGAAGAAGAGAAGAAAGCUCAGGAGCGUCUUCUCCACGCUAAUGAGCUGCGGCGUCAGGUGCGAGAGAAUCAGCAGAAGCAGGUGCAGGAGCGGAUCGCCACUUUUGAAGAGGGCCGGCGCCUCAAGGAGGAGGCCCAGAAGCGGCGUGAGCGCAUCAAUGACAUCAAGAGAAAGAAGAUGGAAGAGCUGAGAGCCACGGGCCUCCCGGAGAAGUACUGCAUCGAGGCAGAGAGGAAAGGCAACAUUCUGCCGGCCACCCCCGUGAGCUGAGUGAAGGAGCUAUGACUGGACUUUUUCCUAGGCCCCGGCCAGGGGCUGCCUUUGACUGUGCCCCCUUGGUUUCCACUAUUGCUGCUGACCCAGAGAGUUUACAAAUAGAGAUUGGAUUCAUUAUACUCCUCUUAGGAUUCCUGCCUGACUUUCUCUCGGUGGGGCUGAGGCCUGAAGUUGUUCGGUCCCCAUCACUGAGAGUGCCAAGAUAGACGGGGGGGGGGUCCCGGGGAAGUGGAACGGGCACGGUAGCAAGGGGAUGUUUCCCUUGUGUCCCUUCCCCUCCCACACAUAAUCACCCAAGGAACCCAGAUGUCUUUUUUUGUGAUACCCCCAUAAGAGGAGAAAGAGGGCACCUCAUGAGCAGCUGGGCCGUGAGAGUGAGCUGUGGCACUGGGUGUGGGAGAACCAGUGGGAGCAGGGGACAGCCGUGCCCUGACAGUUUCGGUUCCCCCAGGAUGUCGUCACAGGGACUCUUCCAGAGGGAUGCUUCCUUUGUGGAGUUUCCUGCCUGCUACUGGAGCUGAGAUGGAAACUCCAAGUUAGGGAGGGAUGAGGGGAAGAGGGCUCAGGGAGGAGGGGCCUUGGCCUGAGGCAGGGCUGUCCCUUUGUUCACACCCAUGAAUCAGACAGCAUCUGUGAUCUAGGAUGGUUGGGGAUGAAUCCUGACUCCUUUUCCUUCAGCCCUCCCUUUCCAGAGCCCUUUUAACUUCAGGCAAUACCACAACACAGACAAUGCCUCCACCUCUCUGUCCCCCAUGACAGGGCACACCCAGAAUCCCAGUGAUCCUCACCCCACCCUGCCCCAUCUCCCCUCACCCAAACAAUUCCCUUUACCUCAUUUGCCAGCCUCCAUUCCCUUUACCCUGUU